GGUACCGGUACCAGCGGCCAGUGGCGAAGACAAUUGAGUCAUUAUUGUAGUUCCCUUUCUGUCACCAGGGAUGAAUUCUACUGAGUUUCUACUGAGUCUCUACUGAGUCAUUGAUAGUUGUAUUCGGAUGAAUGUCUUCUCAUAAUUCCUUAUUCACUGGAGGACUUCAUUCAGCGCAAUGACUUUUCCUCAGUCAAAAAGUUGCUUGAGCCAACAACCCUUCUCAACAAGUCCGCCUCGACCACAUCAACCUUCUCGACAAUCGACUACCGAGUACGAGCGUUGUCCCCGGGCCAUUGCAUUGAUCGCCCAAGCUCCGUUUGCCCACUGGCACACAAUUCAUUUGUAUUCCAUUCCAUCGACUUCGCCGCCGGUUCCAUCCGCUUAGUCCUUUUCGCUUGAGAAGUUUGUCGCGUUUGGAACACACAGGACCUACUAGCUAGUGCAGCAGCUACCGUAUUCCAGCCAUCAUCCAUCAAUAGUCAAGGUCCCUUUCUCAUAAUCUACAUCCACAAAAACACAGCAAUACAAACCAUUCCAAGGAACCCAGCAACAAAUACUCAUCUCACACACAUCACAAAUAAAUAAAUCUGCAGAAAAAUGGGUCGCAUCACCAUCUUCGCUUUGGACGAAUGUCCUCAUUGCCAACGCGCCAAGGGUGCUUUCAAAGAACGAGGAAUCCCUUACACCGAGAUCAGUCUCUCGUCCCAUCCACACCGCAGAACAGACAUGUUGGCAUUGAGCGACCGGCUGACUGUGCCUCAGAUCUUUUUGAAUGAAAAACACAUUGGAGGGGCUGAUGACACACUCGAGCUCUUGAAGGAAUGGGACAACAACUGCAAUGGCGAUCCGACCUCGGUCACAGAUGACAACGAGACAUCAUUGACUCCUCUGCAGCGCUACACGGCAACCAUUGCAUCACAGCCUGAUCCUUCCGACGAACGUCUCCGUAUUUCAACGGAACCACCGGUUGUCGUCAAGCCACCCCCGCCUCGUCUCGAGUCUGACAAAAUCGAGCUCCCCAAUGGAACAUUCAUGAGUGUCUUGGAGGUCACGGAAAAAUUGAAACAGUGCCUUCCUCAUGACGACAUGCCGUAUCUCAUGAAGAUUUACACCAAUUGCUUCACUGGAGCUGCGGCCGUCAAGGCAAUGACAAAGUCUUUUGACGAUUGUUCUGUCGAAAAAGCCGUGGCUUUCGGGAAACGAUUACAAGAGCGACAAAUGCUGCACCAUGUGGUCUACGAUCAUGACUUUGAAGAUACGGGCGAUUACUACUUUCGCUUGCAGUGCCAUCAGCAGCCCGAUAUCCUCAACAGCUAUCGCAUUUGGACACAACCCGCGGACGAGGAUGUCGUCGCCUUGAUUACACGGCUCAAGAAACUACUCGGAAAGGUCGAGAGCAGUGUCACCAACUCACAGGGUCUAGUGGAUUACAAGGCCGCUUGCAAUCACGAGCUCUUUCCCGUGUUCGAAGAAGCAUUCUGUGAAUUGCAAACCGUGGACCUCUCCAAGUUGGAUCGUACAACAAAGGUGGCAUUCGCCAUCAAUCUGUACAAUGUGGCAAUUAAAUUUGCCUUUAUGAAGGUCGGCAUUGGGUCAUCCAGUAUGAGCCGGUCUGCCUUCUUCACCACAAUCAAAUUCAAUGUGGGAGGACACUUGUAUUCAUUUCAGGAUUUGGAGAAUGGUAUUCUUCGGGGCAAUGCUCGAGCCCCCUACGCCUUGUCCACGCCCAUCUCCAAGUCUGAUCCUCGUCACGCCUUUGUCCUCAAGCCAGAGGAUGUGGACUGCAGGAUUCACUUCGCCUUAAAUUGCGGCGCUACGUCGUGCCCUCCAGUGAAAAGCUUUACAGCAGAAGGGAUUGAAGAAGAACUGCGCAUUGUGGCAGAAGCUUUUUGCGAAGACGACAGCAAUGUUCGGGUGGAUACGAUCCACCGCAAAAUCUACUUGAACAAGAUUUUGAGCUGGUACAUGGUGGACUUUGCCAGCAGUGAGGAGGAGCUGCCACACAAAGUUGUGGAAUUUUUGCGUGGCUCCAAGAAGAUCCAAUUGCAAAAUAUGCUCAUGGUGGAGAGUUCCAAGGGAGUUUCGGUCAAGUUCAUGAACUAUGAUUGGUCCACCAAUGCCUGUGAUGCUUUGGCGUUUGAUGCUGGCAACUUGAAACCAGAUUACUACAGUGUCAAUGCCGCAGCCAAGGCCAUUUGGUAACACUUAUUUACUUUUCCUGGGCCAUCACAAAAACGCAAACACACACGGUGCAACGGGAACUGCUUUUGUUAUUUUCAUGUCCACAUCAGAUGAUACAUACAUUCAUUCAUUCAUUAACCACUAAAAGGAAACCGGUCUUCCAAAUCUUAU